GCAUUACUAAGGCGACAGGAGAGACGCCUCUCGGCCCCGAGUGAACUAGCCGCCGCUUCGCCCUAGAGGUUGUGACCCCUCGCGGCUUCCUUAUCUCGCCCCCUCCUCCCAGGACCCGUUCCCGGGCAACUAUUCUUUCGUCCGUCCUAAAUCGGCGGGCGGGGCGGAGGUCGGAGGUCGGAGCCGUCAAGUGCUCCCGGGGGCCACGAAGAUGGCGGCGGCGGUUGGGGGGACCCCCUUCCCGGCAGCCGGGAAACUCUAACAUGAACCCUGCUCCGCCCGCCGCUCCCCAGCUCCUGGGACUCCGACCCCGCACGGCCGCGGGCCCCGCAUAACGGGCGCUCGCCUGGGCAAAGUCGGUGUCGCCGCGCCGUUGGCGGCGUCACCCGCUCAGAGCCAUGUUGUCAUUGAAGGGGAUAUACUUUAUGAUUUCACUCUUUUUGGCAAGCUUUUUUGGAAGUAUUUUCAUGUUGGCUCCUUUUAUACCUUUGAUGUUUAUAAUGCCAUCCUGGUAUCGCUGGAUCAACAAUCGCCUUGUAGCAACCUGGCUCACACUUCCAGUGGCGUUGCUAGAAACCAUAUUUCGUGUAAAAGUGAUCAUAACAGGCGAUGCCUUUGUUCCUGGGGAAAGAAGUGUUAUUAUUAUGAACCACCGGACAAGAAUGGAUUGGAUGUUUCUGUGGAAUUGCCUGAUGCGAUAUAGCUACCUCAGACUAGAGAAAAUCUGCCUCAAAUCCAGUCUCAAAAGUGUUCCUGGUUUUGGUUGGGCAAUGCAAGCUGCUGCCUAUAUCUUCAUUCAUAGGAGAUGGAAGGAUGAUAAGAGUCACUUUGAAAACAUGUUGAAUUAUUUCUGUGAUAUUCAUGAACCACUUCAACUCCUCAUAUUCCCAGAAGGGACUGAUCUCACAGAAAACAGCAAGGCUAAAAGCAAUGCAUUUGCUGAAAAGAAUGGACUUGAGAAAUAUGAAUAUGUCUUACAUCCAAGAACCACAGGCUUUACUUUUGUAGUGGAAUGCCUAAAAGAAGGUAAGAAUCUUGACGCCAUCCAUGACAUCACUGUGGCAUAUCCUCACAACAUUCCUCAGACAGAGAAGCACCUCUUAAAUGGAAACUUCCCCAAGGAGAUCCAUUUUCACAUCAGCAGGUAUGCAUUAGAAACCCUACCGGACUCCAAGGAGGAACUUCAGGUCUGGUGCCACAAACGAUGGCAAGAGAAAGAAGAGCGACUCCGAAUGUUCUAUGAGGGGUCGAAGAAUUUUGAAUUCACGGGGAAGAGUGUGAUUCCACCUUGCAAAUCAGAAUUCAGGGUACUAGUGACCAAAUGGAUGUCCAUCUUCUAUUGGACCUGCUUCACCCCUGCUAUGUUUGUUCUCCUAUAUUUCUACAGCAUUGUUCGGUGGUACUUUUUUAUCACAAUUGUCUUUUUUGUGCUACAAGAGAGAAUAUUUGGUGGACUCGAAGUUAUUGAACUUGCAUGUUACCGGUUCUUAUGGAAACGACCAAGUGUAGAUGACAAGAAAAAAGACUGAGAAUAUAGGAUUCACAGGCCAGAAACUUGAGGCAUUUUUUAAAAAAAAUGUUCUACAUACAGCCUUUGUAAACUGAAGAUUUUUUUUGCAUGAAAACUUCAAAUCUUUCUUAUUACCAUCAUUCUUUGUUAAAGACAUUUUGCACUUGAUUUUGUGAAAAGGAAAAAAAAAACAGAUGUUGCUCUAUAUGAAAAUAGUUUUUAAUCUCAGAAUGUAAUUUUAAUAUUGUUUCAGCAAGGAGAUGCAGUGGUGAAAUAAUUCUUGCUGGAUUAUUAAACAAUCAUUAGGCUGUUAAUAGGCAAGAUACACAAUGGAUUUGUAAACUCCAAUCCUAUCGUCCAGCCAAACUGUGUAGCCAAAGGAGAUAGAUCUGUGACUCGUAACCCCUAGCACAAGUCAAGUCUCUUCACUGAAGAGUGGAGGUAGAUCACCUCACUUAGUCAUGUGAGUUGUCUCUUUCUUACCUUUUCCUCUGCAGUUCCUUGAUCAUUUUUUUCCAAAACCAUCCUCAUUGUAGCUUUCUCUAGGCCCCUUACUGAAAACUUGCUGCCCCCCUUAGAUUAGUCAAAAGAUUUGACAACCAAUCAACACAAAGAAUGUGGUCAUUCAUGAGAGGCUCAUUUCGUUUUUGGCAACCUACAGAGUGAAAAACCUUGCGUGCCCUUUUGCCCAUGGAGGGAACCAGGUCUAUGAGUAAACAGAAGCUAUACCAACUUCUAAACCUCAAUUUGAAUUUUGCGAUUAGAAAUUUUGCUUCAUUUUGUCAUUACUAUAAUGUGAUCAGUGCCAGUUUUCCUUCAGUAUAUUGGUAAUUGGUACCUUUUUGCCCCUAAGGGCAAGGCCUAGAUGAAAAAAAAAUAUAUUAAUACCUUUUUCUUCCUCCACCCCCCAAAUAAAAGCAGAGUACAAUCUGAAAUUAACUAACUAUGAAUUCCCAAGUGUUUCUGAAAACAAGAGGGAAGACUGUGUUCCUCUCUUUGAAUAAAAAUCUUAGUUUACUUUUAAAAAAAAAAAGCCUUCACCAAGGCAGUUAUUAGUAAUAGCCAAAAUUGCAUGACAAAAGAAUUUCCCAUCAUAUCCCUGACAAUUCCGACUACAUUUUUGACCUAGUGCAAUGGAACUCAUUAGCAACACUGUUUCAUACCUUGACUUCUUUUUGUCUCAGAUCACCUCUUUCAAUAGCAGCAUUUAGACUUGCCGUUGAUUUACUCAACUAAAUAAAUGUUGCCACCAGUGGAAGUCCAGGGAACCAACAACAUAAACUUUUAGUCUCUUUAUGAGGCAAAAAAAAAAAAAACAAACCAACAACUCUGUAGUUUCUUCCUCUUACCAUCUGGCUCUUAUUCCAUAAUACGGAGGUGGUGGACAUAGGAAUGAAAAUAUGAAGCAGUUAAAGUCAUUGGCUGUCAGCAAAUCUAACAGCUUUGUUGCAGUCUUUAAACAGCUCCCAGAGUUAUUCACUGCAUUGUGUUCUUUGCUCACUGAAGUUUGUCCUUGUCCUACAGAAAAAGGAAGGCUACCUUUCCUCUCUGUACACAGAAAUCUGAGUUUAGCUCUUUCAGGAAAAAAAAAAGCCUUAAACAAAGGCAGUUAUGGCUAAUAGCCAAAAUUAGAAGCAAAAGAAUUUUCCAUCAAAUCCCUGACAAUUCAAAUUAUACUUAGUUAAAAUUUUUUUGUGUUGGACAGUGGCUUCUGCUCCAAGUUUUAACUUUGUUCUGCCAUGAAAGGGGUAAACACAUAGGAAGUAUGGCUUACUGAAGUAGCAAAUUCUUGCAGAAGUACCUGUCAGACUAGAAAAAACAUUGAUGGAAAAUGAUUUUUGUUAGAAAGCAGCAACAAAAAAAUUCACACAAGUAUAUCAACUGUGCCUCCUGUAGAAAAACUAGCCUAUAUUGAACUAUCUCCCCUUCCCCCAAGACAACUGCUUUUAAUUCCCUGCACAUAGCUACUAAUUAGUUAUUACACACAUGUGCUGGAAGCCAUCUGUUUAACUUCAUGGGUUUUUUGUUUUGUUUUGUUUUGUUUUAUUUGCGGGUUGGAGGGAAGUUAACCUUUUUCCAUUAUAAAAGUGGUUUCUAAUUUAGGGUUGUCUCAGACUUCCUUUGGCUAUAUUUAGAAACUCAGAAAGAGUUUGACAAUUGAGAUUGCUCUGUUGUAGUGGGGAAGGAAAAAAGGCUAUACUUUCUGUCCUGAAGGUGUUUAUAAUAUAGUCUUUGUAAGCUGAAAUCAUAGCUACUGUCCAAAGCUACGUAGCUCCCUGUCUGAGGAACGUUUUCCAUCUAAUCUGAUGCACUUUCAAUUCUGAACCUUGCAAAGAAAAACACUUUUUUCCACAGAAGAUAUUUUUAAGAUAAACUAUAAAUCUUAAAAAAAAAAUAACUAAACAAAACCUAGAGUUCAGAAUCAGAAGUUACAGACACCCACACCAGGGAGAAACAGUUUUUACAAGGCAUUGGGGAGGGGUUGGUGGAGAGAAAAUGAAAUAAACAGUUUUUGCCUGCAGAAAGGAGUAUUCCAGUUCCCCCUUUGAACAGGAGAAAAGAAAUUUUUUUCCUUACAUUUUUCAUGGCUCAAAAAAGUUUUUAUUUUAAAUACAUUUUUCAAAACUGUUUAAACAGUUAAUACUUAUUCGUAAUAUUCCAUUGCUUUUGGAAUGACUCAGAAGAAUUAAUAUGAAAAUGGCAAGGAUGUAUCCAUAUGUCUUCAGUCCUUUUAUCUUCCACAGCCCUCCACCUUGGUGCUCUAGAAACAGAGCUGCUUCUCUCUUAGCUGCAUUACAAUUCAGAGGUAACAAUCUCUUAAUCUAUAGAAGGUACUAUUGACAGCCUUGGAAAUCAUUAUAAUUUAGUUGUCCAAAUGUUCAAUUUUAAAAUUGCCAUUCUGUGAAAUUUUAAACAAAUAAAAGUCAGCAUGUUUUAUACAGGGCAUGGAACAUGACCCACAAGAAAAGUUACUUAUUAAGAAUCCUUUUCCCUGACCUGAUUGGAUUAUCAGCAAAGACAUAAGACAAUACCUCAUUAAUUUGAAUAUUCAUUAAAAGUACAUGGUAAAGGAUGAGCAUUUGUGAAUUGUAAAGGGGAGAGGGAUAUGUAAGAACGACCUCCUUUUAAAGGCUUCCUAUCAAAUUUUAUAUGUUAAUUUGUUAGUAAAAUUUAGAGUGCAAAAAUAGUACCCCACUUAAAAUGCCUUACACUUAGGUCGAUUAGAAAUUGGAGUCAUUCUAAAAUAAUAUAUCAGAAGCCUUAGUUUGAAGGGAGAGUUCUGUGAGUUGAUGGUUCAUCAAAAGCAUAUUGGAAAUGUGACCUCCUGCUUUCUUUGCACAGUCUCUAAGCUCUGGUCCCAAGAGCCAUGCCUUUGUGCACUUUACAGCAAGUUCCACUGGGGGAACUUGUUGGUGGAUUGUUUACAUUUCUUUGUAUAAAUGACAUGCUUUUAGUGCCUUGGUUAAGGAUCUGGUUUAGUUUCAGGUGUUUCUGUACUAUGACCCUUAGACAAAGGUUUCUUUAUACUAACUCAUAAAAACAAAAACUCUUUAGGCUUGUGGUCUCUAAACACUUGUUACUGUUAUUUGUGAACAUCACUUUAUGACGUUUGAGUAACAGCUUAAAAAUCCAAGGCUUUAUUGACUUGUAUCUGUGAUCAGUGAUGUAGGCUGCAUAAACGAAUUUGCCAAUGAUUGUGUUGCCUUUACUUUAAAUUUUGUUUUCAGAAAGGAUUCUUGUUUUUGACUGCUUAAUCUUAAAAGAGGAUUGUAUGAAAAAUACCAAGAUAUGAAAACUCACAGAAUGGCCUUAGUUUUCAUCAUUCAUGAAAUAUGUUAAGGUGUUUGUGAGUCAUGUAUCAGUCAUGUAUCAUACAUUCCUGAAUAAAAUGGAAUACUUAAA